AUGGCGCGGGUAAAAGCCAAGGUAUGGGAGUGGAGACCAGGUACUCCUACCCAGUACUGGCUUUUCUUUGCUCUAGCGCCAUGUCGUCCGGCUCUACCCAAAAAGAGGCGUCCACCGACCACAGGAGGGGAAUACCCUAAUCCACUUUCAAAGCCAGGUAGGUCCCUCCCUGAGCCUAAACUCGGCGAAGGAGGAAGCGCAGCUUUCCUCGGUCAACUCCACCAAGCCCGUGGAUUCCAAUCCUACGGGGACCCCGCGGAGGGAUCCCUCCACAAGGUGGUAUUUGAGGUGGCUUUUAACAGUGCCAGAGGCGGAUACGUGGCAAUAGAUGACAUCUCCUUUUCUCCUGAAUUCUGCCACACUGACACAGAGCCGAACUUUGACCCCUCUAUAGCCAACUGUGACUUUGAGGACGGGCUGUGUCUGUACCAUCAGGAGAAAACAGACAGUAAGGAGUGGAGCCGAGUGUCAGUGAAGCCUAACGCCUACAGAAUAGGAGACCACACCACAGGAGUUGUUCGAAACUCCAACAACGCAGACAGUCAGUGUGUUUCAGACCAGCUGAUAUGUUUCUGUAUUGUCUCAGCUAUUGCAGCCGAGGUGAAGGCCCCCCCCAGCGUAGAGUUUGUAGCGCAGGUGGUUCCGGAUGUUGCCGCCAUGUUUGUGCUCCCUCCAGCUGGUCCUCCUGAGGUGGUGCCACAGUAUCACAGCCCGGCCCCCGCUGCAGACGCCCAGAUGUUCCAGCCCAUAGCCCAGCCCCCGCCUGUCAAACCCCCAUCACCUCCACCCAAACCUCAGCCCGUCUACAGCAACGAGGAGAUCGUGGCUGAACUGGACAGCGUGGUGGAGGAGGUGGUUGGAGCAGCAGUGAUGGAGGUGGCAGAGGCCGGAGCCAGCUACGCCACAACAGCUCUAAUGGAGAGCGGUGUGCAGGUGGAGUCUCUGCUGGGCGAGGUGUUGGGACAGAUGCUGCAGGAAGUCUCCUCCACAGAGAUCAGGCUGGAGCAGCAGCGUGUCACCGAGGAGAAACGGAAGCUGGACGAAGCCAGGAGGAAGCAGGAGCACGAGGCCUUCCUGGUCGACUUCAGCUUCUCUCUCUGCUCAGAGCUCAUCUAUGAAGUUCUAGAUGAGACCAUCAAGGAGACGGCCACCUCUGAGAUCAAAGAGGCGGUGAAUGAAAAGGCUGACCGUGUGGCUAAAUGCACGGAGCAGGUGUGCACCUCACUGGUUGAGGACACUCUGGAUGCAGACAUUGCUCGGUUGGUUGAAGCCAUCCUUGAAGAUGAGCUGCAAUGCAUCCACAAGUACAUCAAGAGGUAA